GAAGGAAGAAAGAAAGAUAAAAUAACAGACAGGGAGAAACAGAGAUUUCGACAGGCUUCAACGCGGAUCUGCCUUCAGAAUGAAUUGCAGGGGCUAAACCAGCUCCAUCCCCUUUGAUGUGGAGAAUCAAGACGCGCUCAUGAUGGAAGUGAAGGAACGCAGACCGUACCGCUCUCUGACGGCACGGCGGGACACAGAGCGGCGCUACACCAGCUCUUCGGCCGACAGCGAGGACGGCAAGCUCAAGCCCAAAUCCUACAGCUCCAGCGAAACCCUUAAAGCCUUUGAGCAAGACCCCCGGGUGGCCUACGGCACUCGCGACAAGGAUGUAGUACACCAUGAAGUGGAUGAAUUCGGCAGGCAAGGAGCAGAUUUUUCUCUGCGAGAUCUGGGCUUCGGUGAGCCCGUGGCUCCUCGCAUGGUGGUAUAUCGCUCAGACAUGGCAAUGCCACACCGUGACUACUCACUCAGCGUAGGCUCAGACGCAGACACCGAGACAGACGGAAUUGUGUCCCCGGAGCACGCAGUCCGCCUGUGGGGACGAGGGAAUACGAAGUCAGGCCGCAGCUCGUGUCUGUCCAGCAGAGCCAACUCUAACCUGACCCUGACGGACACGGAGCAUGAAAACACAGAGAAUGGUCCUCCACUGCAUUGCUCCUCUGGCUCCUCCUCCCCCGUCGCCUCUCCCUACCCGCCCCCUGCCCACGCAGCCAGUGAGAGUCAGGGAAGGUUGCUAGGUAACAGCGGGCCUCGGGCCGACCCCGACUCUGAGUCGGAGGAUGAGUUUGGCCCUGCAUCUUCGUUCUUAGUUAAGACCGGCUCAGGGAAUGUGAGCGUGUGUGCCCCUGGCUCUGCGGCCGCUGACGAAGGCUCUUACCAGAAUCAUUCGCGCCUGAGAACGCCUCCACUCCCCCUCUCCCACUCGCACUCCCCCAGUCAGCACCAUGGCACCUCUGUGGGCUCGCUGAGCCGGAGUAACUACACGCCGCGCAGUAACGUCAGUCCGGCACCCACCGACAGCACGGCCGCACCAGAGGGACCCUCCAGUGCCCCAGACUCUGGAAGUGCACAGGACAACUGGCUUCUCAACAGUAACAUCCCCCUGGAGACCAGGAACCAGAAUACUCUAAUGUUUAUCAGAGAGGAGCAGGACUCUUGCAGAGAAGGGCAAGGGUCAUACAAUACAAGACACUUUCUAUUCAAGCCUGGUGGGAACUCACCGCUGUACUGCACGACGUCGCCCGCUUACCCUCUGACCUCCAGCACGGUGUACUCGCCCCCGCCACGACCGUUGCCUCGCAGCACAUUCACCCGACCCGCCUUCAGCCUCAAGAAGCCCUACAAGUACUGCAACUGGAAAUGUGCCGCCCUAAGCGCCAUCCUCAUCUCCAUCACUCUGGUGUUCCUGCUGGCGUACUUCAUCGCCAUGCACCUGUUUGGUUUGAACUGGCACUUACAGCCCAUGCAAGGGCAGUUAUAUCGGCUGGCAGAAGACAACACCAGCAGCCAGUCCAUACCUACAGACCUGGGCCUGCCUCCUCUUGGAAAUACAGGGCUGGAGCUUCCAGACCGCAGGGGCCGAGAAGACGGCAAAAUGGAUGGCUUGUUUCCGGACGAUAGCUUCAUAGACACGGGCGAGAUAGACGUGGGGCGUAAGGUCAUGCAGCAGAUACCGCCUGGGAUCUUUUGGAGGUCUCAGGUCUUCAUCGACCACCCCAUGUACCUCAAGUUCAACGUGUCCCUUAGUAAAGAUGCCUUGGUGGGGAUCUAUGGAAGAAGAGGCCUUCCUCCUUCACACACACAGUUCGACUUUGUGGAGCUUUUGGAUGGACGGCGUCUCCUGGCUCAAGGGGUUCAAAGCCUGGACGGCCCGCCAGCUCUUACUCAAUCACGAAGCCUGGUGCUCCUUGGCAGCCAUGACACCGGUUUCAUCCAGUACAUGGACUCGGGCAUCUGGCACCUGGCAGUGUAUAAUGAUGGCAAGGAGACGGAGCAGGUGUCUUUCCUUACCACAGCUAUAGACUCAAUAGAUGACUGUCCUAGUAACUGUUUUGGUAAUGGAGACUGCAUCGCUGGAACCUGCCACUGUUUUCUGGGCUUCAGAGGACCAGACUGUAGCAGGGUGUCCUGUCCAGUUCUUUGCAGUGGAAACGGUCAGUACCUGAAGGGACGCUGCAUGUGUCACAGCGGUUGGAAAGGCUCCGAGUGUGAUGUUCCCACCAACCAGUGCAUAGACGUGACCUGCAGUGGACAUGGAACCUGCAUAGUGGGGACCUGUAUUUGCAAUCCAGGCUACAAAGGAGAGAACUGUGAGGAGGUGGACUGCCUGGACCCCACAUGCUCAGGACGUGGUGUGUGUGUACGUGGCGAGUGCCACUGCUUUGUGGGCUGGGGAGGCUCUGGGUGUGAGAGUUCACGGGCAUCCUGCAUGGACCAGUGCUCGGGUCACGGAGCCUUCCUGGCAGAGACAGGCACCUGCAACUGUGACCCCAACUGGACUGGGCACGACUGCUCAACAGAGCUUUGUGCAUCGGACUGUGGUGGCCACGGCAUCUGCGUAGCAGGCGGCUGCCGCUGUGAGGAAGGUUGGAUGGGCGCCCUGUGCGAUCAGAGGGCAUGCCACCCUCGCUGCAGCGAACAUGGCACCUGCAAGGAUGGCAAGUGUGAAUGCAGCCCGGGUUGGAAUGGAGAGCACUGCACUGUCGCUCACUAUCUGGAUAAGGUAGUGAAAGAGGGUUGUCCGGGUCUGUGUAACGGCAACGGCAGGUGCACGCUGGGUAAUAGCGGCUGGUAUUGCGUGUGCCAGCUGGGCUGGAGAGGAACAGGCUGUGACACCUCCAUGGAGACAUCCUGCAGUGACGCCAAAGACAAUGACGGAGACGGCCUGCUAGACUGCAUGGACCCAGACUGCUGUGUGCAAACAUCGUGUCACAUCACAUCUCUAUGUGUGGGCUCUCCGGAUCCGUUGGACAUCAUCCAGGAGACACAGAUGUCUUCAGGCCCAAGCAACCUGCACUCCUUCUACCAGCGUGUGCGCUUCCUGGUGGGCCGAGACAGCACACAUGUCGUUCCUGGGCCCAACCCCUUCGAAGCUAGUCACGCCUGCGUCAUCCGAGGCCAAGUGGUGACGUCCGAUGGAACUCCACUGGUGGGAGUGAACAUCAGCUUUAUCAACAAUCCUGCCUAUGGCUACACCAUCACCAGGCAGGAUGGCAGCUUCGACCUGCUCUCCAGCGGGGGCGUGGCUGUAGCACUGCGCUUCGAGCGCGCGCCGUUCAUCAUGCAGGAGCACACGCUGUGGUUGCCGUGGUCACGCUUCUUCGUCAUGGACACCGUGGUCAUGCGGCACGAAGUGAACGACAUCCCCAGCUGUGACCUCAGCAGUUUCACACGGCCGAGUCCCAUAGUACUGCCCGCUCCUCUCACUGCCUUCGCCUCGGCCUGUCGGGACAGAGGCAUCGUCGUGCCUGAGAUCCAGGCUCUUCAAGAGGAAGUGCGUAUUCCCGGGACAGAUCUGCAUCUUGGAUAUCUGAGCAGCCGCACAGCAGGUUAUAAAUCUGUCCUGAGAGUCACGCUGACCCACGCAGUCAUCCCUUUCAGCCUGAUGAAGGUGCACCUCAUGGUGGCCGUAGAGGGACGCCUAUUCCGGAAGUGGUUCUCAGCAGCACCCAGCCUCUCGUAUGAUUUUGUUUGGGACAAGACUGAUGUCUACAGUCAGAAGGUGUACGGCCUGUCGGAAGCUUUCGUGACUGUGGGCUUCGAGUACGAGUCAUGUCCUGAUAUGAUCCUGUGGGAGAAGAGGACGGCUGUCUUACAGGGCUACGAGAGCACAGCAUCCAACCUGGGGGGCUGGAGCAUCGACAAACACCAUGCGCUUAACAUUCAGAGUGGCAUCCUGCACAAAGGCAACGGAGAGAAUGUGUUCAUUUCCCAGCAGCCCCCAGUCAUCGGGAGCAUCAUGGGGAACGGACGGCGGCGCAGCAUCUCCUGUCCAAGCUGUAAUGGUCUGGCUGAUGGGAACAAGCUUCUAGCUCCAGUAGCUUUGGCCUGUGGCUCAGACGGAAGCUUAUUUGUGGGUGACUUCAACUAUGUCCGUCGAAUCUUCACAACUGGGAAUGUCACUAGCGUUCUGGAGCUUAGUAACAGUCCAGCACACAAGUACUACCUGGCCACGAGUCCGGUGUCAGGAACUCUGUACCUGUCAGACACCAGCAGUAGAAAGGUGUUUAAAGUGAAGUCUCUCAACAUGGUGAAGGAUGUGGCUAAGAACCUGGAGCUGGUGGCGGGGACAGGGGACCAGUGUCUCCCCUACGAUGAGACGCGGUGCGGGGACGGAGGAAAGGCUGUGGAGGCGACUCUCACUAACCCUAGAGGAAUCACAGUGGACAAGUACGGCACCAUCUUCUUCGUAGACGGCACCAUGAUCCGGCGAAUAGAUCAGAACGGAAUCAUCUCCACCCUCCUGGGCUUCAACGACCUGACCUCGGCACGACCCUUGAGCUGCGACUCUGUGAUGGACAUCUCACAGGUACGUUUGGAGUGGCCCACUGACCUAGCUGUGAGUCCAAUGGAUAACUCCCUUUAUGUGCUGGAUAACAACGUGGUGCUGCAGAUCUCAGAAAACCACCAGGUCAGAAUCGUAGCUGGUCGGCCCAUGCACUGUCAGGUGCCCGGUCUUGACCACUUCUUAGUGAGUAAAGUUGCCAUUCACGCCACGUUAGAAUCCGCUAAUGCAUUGGCCGUGUCCCACAAUGGCAUCCUCUACAUCUCAGAAUCUGAUGACAAGAAGAUCAAUCGAGUGAGGCAAGUUUCCACCAAUGGUGAGAUCUCUCUGGUUGCUGGUGCCCCAAGUGGCUGUGACUGUAAAAAUGACCCCAACUGUGACUGUUACUCAGGGGAUGAUGGCUAUGCCAAGCAUGCAAAGCUCAACUCACCAUCAUCGCUGGCUGUUUCUCCUGAUGGGGAGCUCUUCAUUGCUGAUCUCGGCAACAUCCGGAUCCGUUAUGUAAGGCAGAACAAACCAUACCUUAAUCCACUUAACAUGUAUGAGGUAUCCUCACCCAUGGAUGAUGAACUCUACCUAUUUGACACGAAUGGCAGUCAUAUCUACACCCAGAGUCUAACCACAGGUGACUUCCUGUACAAUCUGACGUAUUCAGGAGCAGGAGACCUGAGCACCAUUACAGACAAGAACAAAAACAAGGUGACCAUCCGAAGGGACACUACAGGACUGCCUCUCUGGAUCAUGACCCCAGAUGGACAAACAUUUUGGUUCACCAUCGGUACUAAUAAUGCCCUCAAGAGCCUUGGUGCCCAGAGCCAAGAAUUAGCCAUGAUGACCUACCAUGGGAACUCUGGACUGUUGGCCACUAAGAGCAAUGAAGAUGGGUGGACUACUUUCUAUGAGUAUGACAGUUACGGGAGGCUGACGAAUGUGACCUACCCUACAGGCAGGGUAAGCAGCUAUCGCACUGAUUCUGAUGGUGCCGUGCGGGUGCAGGCUGAAGGCUCCAACAAAGAGGACAUCAUCGUCACAACCAACCUCUCAGCCUCAGGAACAUUUUACACGCUCAUGCAAGAUCAAGUCAAGAACAGUUACUACAUUGGACUGGAUGGCUCACUACGGCUGGUCUUGGCUAAUGGCAUGGAAGUGUCACUGAACACAGAACGACACCUGCUCUCAGGUACUGUGAACCCAACUGUCAGCAGGAGGAACGUCACCCUUCCAAUAGAUAACGGCCUCAACUUAGUGGAAUGGAGACAGCGGAAAGAGCAAGCCCGGGGACAAGUCACAGUUUAUGGACGCAGACUGAGGGUUCAUAACAGAAAUCUGUUGUCCAUGGAUUUUGAUCGCAUCACCAGGACAGAGAAAGUGUAUGAUGACCACAGGAAAUUUACUCUGAGGAUUCACUACGACCAUGCAGGCAGACCCACCCUGUGGGCACCGAGCAACCGGCUGAACGGGGUCAACGUCACCUACUCCCCUGGCGGGCAUGUGGCUGGCAUUCAAAGAGGCACCAUGUCUAUCCGAAUGGAAUAUGACCAAAAUGGAAAAAUCACUUCACAGAUAUUUGCAGAUGGCAAGUCAUGGACCUAUACUUACCUUGAGAAGUCCAUGGUGCUAUUGCUGUACAGCCAACGACAGUACAUCUUCGAGUUUGACAAAAAUGACCGUCUCUCAUCUGUCACCAUGCCCAAUGUGGCCCGGCAUACACUAGAGACCACUCGCUCUAUUGGUUACUAUAGAAACACAUACAGGCCCCCUGAGGGCAAUGCCACCGUGCUGCAUGAUUACAGUGAGGAUGGUCUGCUUUUGCAAACUAUUCACCAAGGCACAGGACGUCGGGUCAUCUAUAAAUACGGCAAGCUCUCCCGACUGCUUGAGAUUUUGUAUGAUACUUCACGUGUUGCCUUCUCAUACGAUGAGGCGGCAGGCAUGCUAAAGACAGUGAGCCUACAGAGCGAGGGAUUCACCUGCACCAUCCGUAACCGGCAGAUCGGUCCACUGAUUGACAGGCAGAUUUUUCGUUUCAGCGAGGAAGGUAUGGUCAAUGCCCGAUUUGACUACAACUAUGAUAACAGCUUCCGGGUCACGAGUAUGCAGGCCGUCAUCAACGAAACACCACUACCUAUUGAUCUGUACCGCUAUGAUGAUGUAUCAGGUAAAACAGAGCAGUUUGGCAAGUUUGGGGUCAUCUAUUAUGACAUUAAUCAGAUUAUUACCACAGCUGUAAUGACCCACACUAAACAUUUUGACGCCUAUGGACGUGUCAAAGAAGUGCAAUAUGAGAUCUUCCGUUCACUGAUGUACUGGAUGAUGGUGCAGUAUGAUAACAUGGGCCGUGUGGUAGCCAAGGAGCUAAAAGUAGGCCCUUAUGCCAACACCACACGGUACACAUACGAAUAUGAUGCUGAUGGCCAGAUCCAGGUGGUGUCCAUAAAUGACAAGCCUUUGUGGCGCUACAGUUACGACUUGAAUGGCAACCUGCAUCUUCUGAGUCCAGGAAACAGUGCCCGUCUUACGCCGCUACGCUAUGACAUCAGGGACCGCAUCACACGGCUAGGAGAUGUCCAGUACAGGUUGGACGAAGAUGGGUUUUUAAAGCAAAGAGGCAAUGACUUUUUUGAAUACAACUCUGCAGGCUUGCUAAUAAGAGCUUACAGCAAGGUUGGCGGAUGGAGCAUAAAGUAUCGUUAUGAUGGUCUGGGCCGAAGAGUGUCUAGCAGAAGCAGUCAAGGACAUCACAUGCAGUUCUUCUAUGCUGACCUGUCCAGCCCCACCAGAGUCACCCACAUGUAUAAUCAUUCCAGCUCGGAGAUCACAUCACUCUACUAUGAUCUGCAGGGCCACCUCUUUGCCAUGGAGCUAAGCAGCGGCGAUGAGUUUUAUGUGGCUUGUGACAACAUCGGGACACCGCUGGCUGUUUUCAGUGGCUCAGGCCUCAUGAUUAAACAGAUCCUCUAUACAGCAUUUGGAGAGGUCUACCUGGACUCUAACCCCAGCUUUCAGCUCAUAGUCGGAUACCAGGGUGGCCUGUACGAACCCCUCACAAAGCUGGUACACAUGGGCCGCCGUGAUUACGACGUCUUAGCCGGUCGCUGGACCACACCUGACCAUGACAUCUGGAAGCAACUGAACAGCAACAACAUAGUACCCUUUAACCUCUACAUGUUCAAGAAUAACAACCCCCUAAGCAACACACAAGAGACAAAGUGCUACAUGACGGAUGUGAAUAGCUGGUUAGUGACUUUCGGCUUCCAGCUCUAUAACGUCAUCCCUGGCUAUCACAAACCUGUCACGGAUGCCAUGGAGCCCUCUUACGAACUCAUUCAUGCCCAGAUGAAAACUCAGGAAUGGGAUAGCACUAAGUCUGUCCUCGGAGUGCAGUGUGAGGUCCAGAGACAACUUAAGUCCUUUGUAAAGUUGGAGCGUUUUGACCAAAUCUACAGAGCAAGCGGUGCUGGUUGUCCACAAUCCCCUUACAGCACAUUCUUUGCCUCAGGGGCUUCAAUCUUCGGUAAGGGCGUGAAGCUAGCCAUCCGAGAGGGUCAAGUGAGUGCUGACAUCAUCAGCCUGGCCAGUGAGGAUGGCAGACGGCUUGCUGCUGUUCUGGACCAGACUAUCUACCUUCAAGACCUUCAUUUUACAAUUGAUGGCAUGGACAUGCACUAUUUUGUGAAAGCAACAUCAGCAGAGGGCGAUUUGGCACUGCUCGGUAUGACAGUGGGACGCCGAACGUUAGAGACAGGAACUAACGUGACAGUUCAGCAGCUGAACACGGUGCUGGGUGGCCGAGCUCGGCGCAUUACCGACGUGCAGCUGCAACAUGGCGCGCUGAGCCUGAACGUACGCUAUGGGAGCAGUCUGGACGAAGAAAAAGCCCGGGUGCUGGAGAUGACUCGGCAAAGAGUCGUGGCAGCCGCCUGGCAGCGGGAGCGGCACCGACUGCGCCAGGGAGAGGACGGUUCCCGCGCCUGGACGGACACUGAGCGGCAGCAGCUGUUCAGCUCGGGCCGAGUGCAAGGCUAUGACGGUUACUACGUGGUGCCCGUGGACCAGUUCCCUGAGCUGGCAGACAGCAUCAGCAACAUUCACUUCCUGCGCCAGAGCGAGAUGGGCCGCAGGUGACACGAACACAAAGGAAGCCCCGCUCAGACUGAGCGUCCAGGACUCUUUGCCAAAGACAUGUUGCUUGUGUGACCACUUUGUUAAAUCUUUUUUUUUAUUAUUUAAUUUUUGUUUUCGUUGUUUUGGGGGUUUUUUUUGCUUUCGUUUUUAGACUGCCUUACUUAAGACCAUGUUGCAGGCAGUUGCACUGCAUUGACAUACAAGUGCUUUUUUAAAAUUGUGUAACAGUUUCUGGCUGCCAAAAGAGGCUGCUAGUGAAAUGACAUAUGGUAACAUUGGUUAUUUAGUUCUGACUCCUUUUCUACAGAUCAGCUCAAAGGGAUCCUGGAAGAUGGCUGGUAAUGCAUUUUGAUCACUGGCAAGUGAGCAGAUUGGCAUUCAGCUUCACUCCACCCUGCCUUUUUCUCACCCCACAGCCAAGGAGAGCCUUUUUUAAAAAUCACUUCUUUUUAUACUUGAAAGUCUGCCACACUUAAACAAGGACAGUGUCUGUUGUUUAGGCUCCUGAUCCCCCCCUUCCCUUAUCAUCACGGACUCUUGAAAUGGUGGCAUGUGCCAUUUCAAAACUGCUUGACUGCCCAGUAUUUCUUAAAUAUCUGAAUUCGACCAACGGAUAAAAAAAAAAAAAAAAGCAAAAGAAAGGAAAUCAUAGAGGGCAUGCUCACAGUCUGAACACAUAAUGUGAAAUGUCUUACUGAAUACAAAAAGGGCAAUUGUGACAAAGAAAAUAGCUCCCAGUGGUAAAGAUUGUUCUAAAAAAAUAUACAGUCUAUAUUGACAUUGCUGGAAGAAAUAUAUAUAUAUAUAUAUAUAUAAAAAACUUCUGUAUGAAAAUGAAUAUUUUACUAAAAUACAUAAAAUCACCUAAAAUCUAUUUCAUAGCUACAUGUAUGAAAAUAAGAACAGUAUAUCUAAUGUGAAUACAUUACGAAAAAUGUGAACUGUCGUCCCUUUUAAUUGCAAUUUGCUGUACUUGAACGAUGCCUAAUGUUCCAACACAUGAAAAAGAUGUGUGUAUAUAUUAUGUUUGGGAAUGUCAAUUCAUGAAAUUAAUUUGUUUGGUUUUUAUUGUUGAAGCAAUUAAGAUUUUAAUAUGCUUAACCAUUCAUUUCAGGAGAACAGUAUUUAUUUUAGUAAUGUGCUUUUUAAACCAAUGUUGCUCCUCAUGCUCUCUGUCUGUGCAAGAGACAUGAAUGCUUAAAUAUAUAUAUAUCUAUAAAACAAAAAAGGACUCACACACACACACACACACACACAUGCAAACAAAACAGCACAUUACUAGAACACGCCCUCAGACGUUCCUCAGGCUUUCCCUUCCGUGAACAUGUUGAGCUGUGGAGUGCUAGCUGCACUGGACACUGGGCUAAGGACAGUUUCGAACCCCAGUGGGAUGCCUGAGGGUCAGAGUCUUAAGUGCCCUGGAUAUGAACCACAAGACUCCACCGAGUCCCACCGCUGCCUGAGAUGCAUUACAGCCUGCAGACGUGUAGUUCCUGUCUACAAGCAGAGGGGUUGAAAUGCAUGCCAAUCUGGCAACCCGCCAUGUGGAUAUAACUUCUUUGCUUUUUGUGCGUCCUAUAGCUUGACUACCUACUGAACUCCAGAAGAACAUCGAGUGUAGCCUUUCUCUGUCAUUUUUUUCUAAAAAAAAAAACAAACAAAAAAAACAUUUCUGAGCAGGAACAAAAUGGUGUUAAUGUGUCGGACAUGGUGUCACGGUGUAACACACACCUCUAGUGUAGGCGUACAGCUGAAUCUGUUAUUACAGUUUGUGUGACUGUGGACCGUGCGUGGGGACGAUGAGUAUAUCAGUGAUCACAACUUGUAUAAUACUGUCAAGCAUAUUUUUUUUAUUUGGAUGUCAGUUGGAUGUUGGAUACAGCCAUAACUCUUUGCUGUAUUUAAAAAAAAGAAAAAAAAAAAGUUCGAAUGAAGAAAAAAAAUGCAUUGUGGUGACUUUGCUGAGAACUGCGUCGUGAGGCUGUACUUACUUUCUAAAGUUUUGGACUAAUUUAAUUUUUUAUUUUCCGUUUAGUUUUUUUGGGUUGAUGUUGUUUGUUCUCAACACUGUGUUUCUAACGCUUCUCUUUGGAUCUGUAAAUACGAUGACGAGAAAUGAGCUGUAAAUAAAAUGCCAAUGUAGAUACCUUUUAGAGCUACAGCAGUGAAUCUGUGUAGUCUUUAGGUAAAGAAGGGGA